AUGUCAGCUCCCAACUACUCCACUGUCAAUUACGAUAUGUUUGUCCUCAUUGGCAUCCCUGGACUGAGGGAGCUACACAUGUGGAUCUCCAUCCCCUUCUGCCUGAUGUACCUGGUGGCCGUGGCAGGAAAUGGAAUCCUGAUCUACGUGGUGGCAGUGGAACGCAGUCUUCAUGAACCCAUGUACCUCUUCCUCUCCUUGCUUGCUUUUUGGGAUCUGAUCCUAUCCACAUCCACAGUACCCAAAGCUCUGAGCAUCUUCUGGUUUGAUGACGUGGACAUCUCCUUUGGUGGUUGUGUAGCCCAGCUCUUCUUUAUGCAUUUUGCCUUUGUAGUGGAGUCAGGCAUUCUCUUGGCCAUGGCUUUUGACCGCUAUGUAGCCAUCUGCUACCCACUAAGGUAUACCACCAUUCUUAGCCAUGGUGUCAUUGGCAAAAUAGGGGGUGCUGUAGUGCUCAGGGGUUUUGCAACUGUUUUCCCUAUUGUCUUCCUUGUGAAACGCCUGCCCUUCUGCCGGACAAACAUCAUUGCCCACACAUUCUGUGAACACAUGGGGCUGGCAAAGCUGGCUUGUGCUGAUAUCACCAUCAAUAUUUGGUAUGGAAUCUCUGUGCCAUUGCUCAGUGUUAUGCUAGAUAUGGUGACAAUAGUCGUCUCCUAUGGGCUUAUUCUGCGGGCAGUCUUCAGGCUGCCAUCCCAUGAUGCUCGGAUGAAAGCGCUCAGCACCUGUGGUUCCCAUGUCUGUGUCAUCCUCAUGUUCUACCUUCCAGGGAUUUUCACUGUCAUUGUUCAGCGCUUUGGCAGAAAAAUCCCCAAGCAUGUCCACAUCCUGCUGGCCAAUCUGUAUGUUCUUGUUCCCCCCAUGAUGAACCCAGUUAUCUAUGGAGUAAAGACCAAACAAAUUCGUGAACGAGUGGCCCUUGUAUUUUCUUCAAAAGGGAAGUAUUGCUGA